UGAGGAGGCACAUCUCAGCAUGCUGUCCAGGCUCUGACCUGGAAGAGGCUGCUGGCCCAUGCUGGGAGCACCAGAGCUCUGGCUUCUCUGUGCAGCUCCGGCCUGCUGUGGGCUGAUAGGGCCUCUGCAGAUGGAAGACUUUGUGUCUAGAGAUCCAGAGGACAGACGGCCACGUGGAGGAGCACACCAGACGCAGUGGGUCUCGGCUGUCAGAACCCCAAGUGCCAAGGGGGGAGACUGAAACUAGCAGGAGCCUGACAGCAGGAAGGGCAGUGGUGGGGCACACACUGGCCCCUCGGGUUCCACACUGAGGGCCACAGCUGCCACAUGCUGGAGGAAGGCAUCCCUGCAAGCACAGAGCUAGGGUCAGGGCUGAGCCACGUCUUGGGCAAAAUCGAGUUGUCAUGGGUCCCUAUAGGGAAAAGUCAGGUCUUAAACCCCCAGCCACUAAGAGCUGAGGUCUUUGAGUAACAGCUGACCUGAGGGCAAGAAGCAGUAGGGGGACUUCAGCGUCCAGUGACAGUGGCCCCUGGAGUUGUGUGGUGUGCUGCCCACGUGACCAUCCAAAGCGUGUGGCCCAGCCCAAUGGCCACGGCCUCAACCCACCUAUGGGAGCCACCAUGAGUCUGGGCCAGCACCUCCUGGACGAUCCUGCUGUGGGCUGAGGGACAGUCUUCCCUGAGCUCCAGUGUCUGUGCUCUGCUAGACUAUCGCUGCCCUGCAUUCUGCAGCUAACCAGUGCCUGCACACAGAAGCAUGCUGACCAGAGUGGAUGGCCACUGUGGUGGCAACUGCACCUGGGCAGGGCCAUCUGAGACCCCAGCCUGGCUCUCCGUCAGCCCUUCUGAGGGAGAGUGGAGUGAAGGAGUUCUGAGUACUCAGUUAUAGGCAGGAGCAGGGUGUUGGACUCACAACUGGCUGGCUGGGACCGGAGGGAGGGAAGGAGGUGACAUAGGUGCUGUGGGCAGGACAACUCAGGCCCAGCAUCUAGGCAGGCCAGGCCCACAGCAGGGUUGCAGCUGAGGCCAGCCUUCUCCACAGUGAGGCCUCUGGGGACAACACGUGAAGAUGUGGCCAUCUUGGGCAGAGCAUGCAGGCCCUCGCAUCCCAUUACAGCCAGGGUAAUACCUGUGUGACCGGAGCUGGCUCUGGGCACAGCGCCUGAGCCUGCUUGCCUGGGUGGAGCGACAGAGACUGCAGGGCUCAGGGUACCACCUGGCUUCCGCCUAAGAUACCUUCUCCAGGUUGGCGACCUUUGCCUACCAGCCCCUAUGCCCCUUGGGCUUGUCCUUGUGUGCCUUUUGCUUUGGGAGCCCCAGGCUGAAGCCCACAAGGGCAUCUUGUUCCCAGCUCUUGGCUGUCCCCAUGCACCAGGCGUUCCAAGAGCUCACUGGGGAGAGCCAUAGACUAGAUGUUUGGGAAGGCACCUUGGCCAGAAGGGCUGCUGGAAGCCCUGUGGCCAGUGCCUCCCUUGAGUGCCCUGUUCCUGGGCCCCACAGUAGACACUGGCCCAAGGUCAUGGGAUGUCCUCUGGCCUGUGAUAUGGCACUGUUCCCAGGCACCUGUGUUUACCUCAACACAGGCAGUGUGUUCCUGUGUCUUCUGCCAGCUGGCCUGGUCCCGGGCACCCUCAUAGGAGGGCAGGGCGGUGGGCACCCUCCUGGGGCUUCCCUCGCCCAGCUGCACUGGUGGGCAGUGCUCAGCCCCUGCAUUGUCCCUGAGGUCUCCCCACUGCAGGGAGGAGGCUGUGGACUGGGAUGGGGCUGGGUUGGCUCUGCCAGACUCAUCUUUUCUUGGGACCUUUUCCCCACCCAUCUGUCCCUGGAGACUUUAGCCCCAGGUGGACACAGGGCAUGGAUGCAGGCGCUUCGUGAACCGAGGGAAGCUGCGUGUGCCAGGCGAGAGCAGAGCACAGAAGGCAGCAGGCAGGUCCACUGUGGGCCUAUCCCAUCCCUACAGGCUGUACCCACAAGGCCAGGAAGGGAUGCAGGGUCUCCUAGCUCCACAGUGAGGUUGGGGACCCCUCAACUCCUCCUUCCUCCUCUUCUUGCCCCCCAGGUCUCUGUCUCCCUGCACCCAGGCAGCCCUCUGGAACAGCUUGCCUGUAUAUCUCUCCAUGAGGGUCCAUGCAGGUCCCCUCCACGUUGUCUCCCCACAGCCCUCAGCAACCCCAUCAUCUGCGGACAGGAUCACCCAUACCAUGUCCAACCACAGCCACAUGUCCCAGUGGUGGCUGGGGAUGCCCUGAUGAGGGGGUGGGCACUGCCGUGCAGUCAGCCCUGCCUGGACAGGACCCCUGCAGUCGAAGUGAGGCCCCAACAGGGUCCCCAGCAUCACGGACUCCACCAGCUAUUGCAGCAGAGGACCGGGAGGCUUGGAGUCUGCCCAGCACGCUGGAGGCAACAAUGCUGGCCACACCGUGGUGGUGGAUGGCAAGGAGUACGACUUCCACCUGCUCCCCAGUGGCAUCAUCAACACCAAGGCGGUGUCCUUCAUCGGCAACGGAGUAGUCAUCCACCUGCCAGGCUUGUUUGAAGAAGCAGAGAAGAACGAGAAGAAAGGUCUGAAGGACUG